CCCUGGUCUGUCUCACCAUCUGGACCCUGUGGAGCCUGCUAAUACCUGCCCUCAGCCACCCUCACCACAGCAUCUGCAGACUGAUGAACGUGGUACCUUCAGGCGUUUGGAAAUUGCUCCCAAGGAUGAACCAGACUUGUGGAGGUUUUGGCUGAUUUCUUUUGAUUUCCCCAUGAAGUCAUGCAAAGAGGCACUGAGUUUGAAGAUGCACUAUUGAGAGCAUCCUGUCAGGCUGCAUCACCGCCUGGUACGGCAACUGCACCACCCACAACCUCAGGGCUCUCCAGAGGGUGGUGCGGUCUGCACAACGCAUCACCGGGGCAAACUACCUGCCCUCCAGGACACCUAUAGCACCCAAUUUCACAGGAAGGCCAAAAAGAUAAUCAAAGACAACAACCACCCGAGCCACUGCCUGUUCACCCUGCUGUCAUCCAGAAGGCGAGACCCAAAAGAUUGCUUUCUGUAGUGAUAGUGAGAUCUCAUCUGUGCCGAGGGACCUACCGGACAACAUAGAGGAACUCCACCUGACCCAUAACCACAUUCAGAUGCUACAAGAUGACUCCCUCUCCCGCUACAUCUCCCUUCGCACUCUAAGCUGUGCAAAAAACCGCUUGGAGACAGUGGGGUCAAAACUCUUUCACAACUCACCUCAUCUAGAGAGCCUCAAUCUAGCUGCCAAUCAACUUCACGUUGGAUACCAGGAAACUAGCAGGGCACUGCUCACCCUGUCAAGACUCAAAGUUCUGGAUCUGUCAGAAAACCAGCUUACAAACGACAUAGCUUCGGUCCUCCUCCAGAAUAUGACGUCCCUGGAGUACCUCAACCUUUCCAGGAACCUCCUGCUGAGGCUGGACGAAAGUUCCUUCAGCGACCUCCACCAGCUCAGAGAGCUGGACCUGCAGAGGAACAUGCUGUUUGAGAUUGUUGAUGCCUUUGACCACCUGCACAAGCUCCAGAGACUAAACCUGGCCUUCAACCACCUGGCCUGCCUGAUGGACUUCGACAUGACCCAGCUUGUGGUGCUCAACGCAAGUCACAACAACAUUGAGUGGUUCAUAGCCAACCAGGACCUCCAGGAAACUUUCCAGCUGGAGACCCUGGAUCUCACCAACAACAACCUCCUUUUCUUCCCCUUCCUUCCCAUCCAGAGCCGCCUGAGGAACCUCCAUCUGUCCCAGAACAGGGUGAGCUUCUACGAACACCUGGCAGACACCGCUGGCUACCCAAACUGGACCAACAGUGUCCAGUUCUUCAACCUGAGGGACAACGUGACCAAUGUCACAGCCCAGCUGUGGGACGAGAGCCUUCACGGUGACAUCUCCUCUCUAGACCUGCUGGAUCUGAGUGGAAAUCAGGUGGGCUACUUCCCCCAAGGGUUUAUCAGCAAAAUGCCUAGCCUGGUGAGGCUCAGGAUGCAGACAAACUGUCUCGAGGUUUUAAAUCUAACACUGGAAAAACUUCCAGGGACGUUGUACGAGUUGGAUGUGAGCAACAAUAGAUUGACGGAGCUCCAUGCUGACCAAGGUAGUUUAAGUGAGUUAGGAAAACUGAGCUAUCUCAACCUGAGCCAGAAUGACCUGCAGAGUCUACCUCCUAGACUGUUCUCCUCUCUCACCAGCAUCAGCUCUGUGGAUAUCAGCUUUAACAGAAUUGGCAUAUGCCCCCUUGAGGAAUGGGGCGGGAACAGAGAUGGGGGUAACCAAUCAGACUGUGUUGUUUGGAGAAACAUCAUCUCUCUGAGACAGCUCCACCUAUCAGGGUGCAACCUGGGGAGACUGCCAUCGUCAGCAUUCACAGGGACACCUCUAACACACCUGGAGCUGUCUAACAACCCAGAACUCAACAUUGGGCCCAGAUCGAUAGUAGGCCUCAGCAGAACUUUACACCAUCUAGGAUUGGGAAACACAGGCCUGAGAGACUUUGACUUCUCCCCUUUCCACCACUUAAAGUCUUUGAACAUUUCCAGAAACUCUCUUACUCAGCUCCCUGCUUCACUGCAACACCUUGAGCUGAGGCUGCUGGACCUGAGGGACAACAAACUUAACACUGUCCCCUCAGAUCAGGCUAACAUAUUAGCCUUGAAACUACAGACUGUUUUUCUUAAUGGAAACACUUUCAACUGCUGCCAGUUGGACUGGUACAGGACGUUUGAGAGGGCAAAAACGGUCAAUAUCAUCGACCUCUUAGACAUUUCAUGUCAGGAUCUGACAAAAAAUACACAUAAAGUGGUGUUUUUAGACCCUUUAAUGUGUGGUGGGAGUGAGGAGGAGUCUGUAUACUGGUACAUCCUGUUGUUUAUCGUACCUGUCCUCUGCCUGGUUGGGAUUUCUGUCAUCUUCCUGCUCACCUUCAGGCCCAGACUGCUUCCCAAGGCCAUUAAAAAUAAAUGCCGGAGGUCCACGUCAUACUGACAUUUGUCACCUUCCCUGUGUUGUGGAAGAAAGGUCAAAUGAUUAAGACAAUGUGGUACAUUCUGUCCAAGUGUGAUGUUUUGCACAUGGGUCGUUCCAUGUCAUUUCAGCAAGUCAUGACAUCCACCAUCUCAGAUUGUUCUGAAAUCGUUUCUGUAGUUAGCCUAGUGGUUUGAGCAUUGGACUAGUAACCAAAAGGUUGCAAGAUCAAAUCCCCGAGCUGACAAGGUAAACAUCUGUUGUUCUGCCCCUGAAGAAGGCAGUUAACCCACUGUUCCUAGGCCAUCAUUGAAAAUAAGAAUUUGUUCUUAACUGACUUGCCUAGUUAAAUAAAGGUUAAGUAAGAUAAGCAUUCCGGAAACAUUAUUUUGUUGAAAAAUAAUUGGAUCUCUGAGAAAUUAAGCUAAUUGAUUGCACCCAAAUUGACCAGUUUAAUUUAUAGGAUUCAUUAUAAUAUUCAAUAAUUAUAGUACCAAAUUAUUUUCUAACAAUGAGUAAGACAUGAGAAAUCCUCACACCAAUCCCAACCCAGCAAAGAGUAUAUAAUAUCAGUUCUCUAUGUUUGACAGGUAGUUUGGAGGUGAGGCUCUGAGUAUUGUUUCUUCAUCCUAUGUAAUGUAUUCUCAGUGAAUUUGGUUGUUGUUAGGUUUCAAAACUUUCUCCUGAUAUUACCAUAUCCAAUGCAAGUCAAAGGUACCUAUAUUAGCAUUUUUGCACUUCAUCUCCAAAUCAUCUAUAAGUCACAUUUACAUUUUUAAAUACUUUAGGAUGAUUUGGAGAUGAAGCGUAAAAGUGCUAAUAUAGGUACCAGGAUGUAGGAUGGGACAUACAGUGCCUUCAAAAAGUAUUCACAUCCUUUGACCUUUCCAAAUGUGUGAAUACUUAUGUAAAUGAGAUAUUUCUGUAUUUAAUUUUCAAUACAUUUGCAAAAAUGUCUAAAACAUGUUUUCACUUUGUCAUUGUGGGGUAUUGUGUGUAGAUGGGUAAUUGUUUUAAAUAUUUAAUCCAUUUUGAAUUCAGUCACAACAAAAUGUGGAAUAAGUCAAGGGAUAUGACUACUUUCUGAAGGCACUGUAAAAAAAAUAUCACCAAAAUCACUGAGAAUACAUUGCAUAAGAUGAAGAAACAAUACUCAGAACUGCAACUCCAUACUACCUGUCAAACAUAGAGAACUGAUACUAUAUAACCAUUGAUGGGUCGGGAUUAGCGUGGGGUGUGGGGGGUCAGUGGGUGGCGUUUGACCAUGUCUUUGGAUUCUUCAUGUCUUACUCAUUGUUAGAAAAAAGUUUGGUUCAAAUCAGAUGUAAGGUGCUACAGUAUAUUUAUUGAAUAUUAUAUGAAUCCUAUAAAUUUGAAAUGUCAAAUUUGGGUGCAGUCAAUUAGCUUCAUUUUAAAGAGAUUAAAUUAUAUUUCAACAAAAUAAUGCUUCCGGAAUGCUUAUGUUAACUGUUUGUAACUACAGAAACUAUUUCAGAACCGAUUUCAGAACAAUCUGAGCUGGUGGGUGUUGAAAUCCUCUUUCUGGUGCUUUUUGAGGAGGAAUGAUAUCAAUGCAAUUCCAAAGCAGAAAUAAAAGUUUCCUUACAAAGCAAUUGAGUUUAGGUUAGUAACUAAAACAUUUAUAUUAGGAUAGAGUGGGGUAAAUUGAGCCACAGUUGUUUGUAGGAAACCAUACACAAACUGAAUAAUUUGACCAAAUAUUUAGGAAGAUGUCAUCAUUUCAUGGACUCUGUGAAGGAAGAAAACACAUUGAAAAAGUAGUAAGCAAGUUAGAUCCAAAAAAUGGAUUUUCACCAAGUCAAAAAGAUGUAUUAUGUUAGAUGUUUCAUGAUGCUUGUAUCUUAACCAAAGUAGAUAAUUUUAAAGAUCGUUCUAUACAUCAGUUUUGGUCUCUAUAAGCUUCCAUAUGAAGUCCAAACCUAACAUGAAAGUGCAUCCCUGUAGCUCUGUGGGAUAAUAUAGUCAAAAUGUUUGCCUUGGGUUAAGUUGAGCUAAUGACCAUGGGGUAAGUUGAGCCAAGGGUAAGUUGAGCCAAGGGUAGGUUGAGCAAAUUAAGUGUUUUCUUCCCAGGUCACUUUUUAUAAUAAAAUAAAUAUAUAUAUAUAUAUAUAUAUAUAUAUAUAUAUAUAUAUAUUAUUUAUUUUUUGCCUGUUUUGCACGUUAUUUUGGCAUUAAUAUGUGUCAGAUAUCAGUUUGCAUGUCACAUAUAAAGCUGGCAUACAAACAUGGUCUCCUUUUUGCUUUCUUGAGUAAGGCAGCUCCUAAAUGCAGGAUUUUCUGCCUAGUUUAGUGCUUUCUGUGGUGGAGGUGCAGCCAGCGGAAAAUACAGAGCAUGGUGAUUAGUAAUCUUCUCUAGUUGCGUCGUGAUUGGCUCAGUGUUCUGUCACUCACCGGUACACAAUGUCACCGUAAAAUGUACAGGGAGAGCUGGAAAGUUCAAGCCCCGUUGGGUACUGCCAUAGAUUUACAUCAGAAGUGCCCAUCCAAGAAGGCUCAAGGUCAUUGGCCACAGAUAAAAGGAUGUCAAAUCACAUUAUAUCUACCGUAGCUUUGAUUGGACUGAUCAUGUCAGCAUUAUACUUUCAAAAUCGUAGCUAGCAAGCUAGACAAGCACUCAUCAUCAUGAUUCAUAUCAACAAUCUACUGGCAAAUCCUUUCCAAUCCUUGUCAUAUGAAGAGAAAUUAUAGAUAAGAACGUAUCAGUACUUAUCAGCCAUUGGACAUAAACAUUACACAACAAAAUAAAUUCAACAUUCAACAUUCAAAUUCAUAUUCAACAAUGAGUAGUUUGCAAAACAAUCAGCUAUUGUCCUUCCCCUGCUAUUCAGUGGAGAGGGUGUGUGGUCCAAGUUUGGGUUUAAGAGUCUCUUUUCCAAGCUUAAAAGGAUUAACAUUCACACGUAACUCCAUUGGUCAGAAAAGGUUGAAUAUAUUGGCCAUGCUAUCAAUACAGCAUGACUUCUGCUGCGUUCAAAACAACUGGGAAAACUACCUCAGACUGGAAAAAUACAUUGAAGUCGGGAACUCGGGCCUCUUUCUAGAGCUCAGACCUGAAGAUCACUGAUGUCAUGAUUCAACUUUGUUUUUUUCAGAGUUCCCAGUUCUCUUGAAAGCACCAUAAAUCCAGAGAAUGGCAGACCUUGAUGGCAAAGUUUCAUGAAAAAUUGGCACACAAAAGUCCAAAAAUGUAUUCUAUGCUGCUGCAUAAAUGAUGUAAUAUGCCAGGGAGAUAUGUAUACGGUAGCUAAGAGAGUAAUUCUAAGUGUAUGUUAUAUAGUAAGCUGUUAGUAGCCCAUUUGCCUCACCCUAAUAAUUUGGUCCCUUUCCCCCUCCUAACUUCGCCUACUGUUCUGACUUAGAGGUGCCCGUGUAGCCUAUAGCCUGUUUUUAGAGAAACGUCAUCAUCAAAUUUUGUAAGAGCUUCCAUUGUCUGCUUAUAUGCCCCCUUUAUUUAUCCUACGGUUCUGACUUGAAGUACAGGGAGAAUACUGUAAGAAUGGCCCAUGUUCUGAAUUCUGUCCCUGUACAUUUUAAAAGUGCUGAACAAAUAGUUAUAUUGACCUCGUCCGUCUUAGCUCGCUCAUUCUGUGCCUUAAUCGAAAUUACGGAUUGCCUCUUAUCCGCUCAUCGUUCACUUAUGCCAUCGUUUGUACAUCUCAAUUGUCAGUAGAAACCACAUUUGUUUAAGUAAGUCAGCCAUAUCAGCUAUGUUUAAAAGGCAAUAAAGAAGGCUGAAUUAACAGUUUCACUGCUAGACAAGGCUUCGCUCAUAGCCAGGUGUAGCGGUGGUAAGGAUUCACUCCAUGGUGCUGAAAAGAAAGCUCUGCUGUUGGGACAGCUUUAUGUCGGCCCUAACAGUUUGUGGGCACCAUUUGUCACCGUUAUAGUACAAUUAAUGUAUUGUUGAGUGUUGUGUAGUUGCUAUGCUGGCAUGCAUCUAAACAUUUUUUGUGGUUUGCCACACCAAGAUUUACAUGCUAAAAUCCCCACUGCCCAGGCGUAAUGCAAGGCAUUAUUGCUGGGAUAUGAGGUAACAACAGGGCCUGGCCUAUGUUAUAGUGUAAAAUCAAAGUGUUUGUUAGAUGUUAAACUUGUGUUAAAUUAUGCUUAAAAUUAUUAAAAGACAAAAAGUAAUUGUGAUUGUGUUGAAUUAGAUAGACAAGGUUUUAAAAAUGUAGUGGUAAUAUUUUAUUUGGUACAGAAAUUUAUAGGCGGCUUAACUUACCCUGUCCAGCGGCUCAACUUACCACAUAACUUCUGCCAAGAGACCAAUUUUUUUGGGACAAGCUAUGUUUUCAAAGCUAUAAUGUUAACAUGAGUUCUGAUUAUGUAACCCCACUCUCCUCUACAUGUGGCGAUUUCUCAUAUUGACGAAACAUUAAAACAAACUGUUAAAAUAACCA